CGAUGCACGUGCGUGCGAACGAGCGAGCAACGACGAAGAAGAAGAAGAAGAAGAAGAAGAAGAGAAGGAAGAGAAAGAUGCUCAGGCUGUUGAUCGUGGUAUCGAGCGUUUGUUGGGUGGCCAGGUGCGAUUUAUUGGACCUGUACGUCCAGCACAUGGACGAGACGAUGAAAACAUUGGCGUACAGGAGCAGGCAUCACGAGGGAACGAUCAAAGAUGCGAGGACGAAGAGAGGAGCCGUUCUCAGGGAGGAGCCGAUUCUCAGAAUCGGCACGUUCAAGAAGCAACGUUUGGACGUGGAUAAAGAGUGGUACGCGCAAUGGAAGGCGAAGAGGAAGCUGUUCCCUUACAAACAGGACGGCCUCGACUUUCCCAACUCGAGGGAGGAAAACUUGGACCCGAGUCAACACGAGUUGCUCAAACACGAUCGUAACCGGUCGCGAAUCCGAGAAUCCGAGGAGACGACCACGACGAAGAGCAGGCAAAACGCGAGCAACCACGAAACCAUGGACGACGAUAUCGAAGUUUCGAGGGAGGAAUCGACGAUACCGCGGCGAUUCAACGAUACCGCCGACGAGCAGCCGAUCGAGAACGAGUCGCGGGAGGAGACGAUAGAUUUUCCACGCGACAUCUCGAGGAGUGAUUCUGAAGUAAUCGACGAGGCGGCCGGUCGAAACGUCCCCCUCGACGACGAUCCUAUCCUGAAGAGGAUCCCAAAGUCGCGAGAUCGCGUCCCAAAGAAGUACGCGCCGCCGAUGGAUAAAUCGGCCAAGCUUUUUCGCGGUUACGCGAAACGCUUGGCGGGUUGGGGGGAGUUUGGGGGGAAUAAUCGUGGGAGAAGAAGCGCGAGAGAGGCGGCGAGGUUCACGAGGCGGGAGAGCUUGGACGACGACGGGGAAGUGGUCCUCGAGUGGGAUCCCUCGGACGAGGAGAUGGUCACUUUCAAGGUGACCGCGAAAACCUUGGGAUACGUCGGGAUCGGGUUCAACGAGAGGAACCACAUGAAGGGGGCCGACAUCCUGCUGGCGUGGGUCGACGAUCACACGGGCACCGUCAAUCUUUUGGACUCGCACGGGAUCGAGGAUCCAGAGGCGGCCCUGGUCACGGACACGUCUCAAGAUGUCAAAGUGCUGGGCGGUUCGCAGAACCAAACUCACACGAGCGUGAUCUUCUCGCGGAGCUGGCAGACCUGCGACCCUCAGGAUCAUCGGCUUACGGGAGACACGAUACGAGUUCUCUGGGCGCUUCAUUCGACCGAUCCCGAAUUAAAUACAGCGAUUUGGCCUGGCGACAAACGUGGUGGCAGAGCUUUGAGAUUGAAAACCCCUGCCCCUCACGCACCUCCCCGAUACACCGAGGAUAUCAAGCAUUGGGACGUGAAAUUGAAUCAGCCACCGGUUUCAGACAACGUGGACACCACCUACUGGUGCAAAAUUUUCAAGGCCCCUCACAAAGAGAAGCACCACAUGAUCGGGUACACGCCACUCGUGGAGAAGGAGAACGAGGAUCUGGUCCAUCAUAUAAUACUGUACGAAUGCGCCUCGACCCUGCCAAUCCUGGGCCAACACGCGAGAAUAGUCGGGGCGCCUUGUUACAGUCCAACGAUGCCACGAGAAUGGGAGUCCUGUUUGCAACCGGUGCUGGCCUGGGCUCGCGGCAGCACAGGAGAAUGGCUUCCGGAGCACGUCGGCAUUUCCAUUGCGGAGCAUUCAGAAGGUUCCUAUUACAUGCUGGAAGUGCACUAUAAUAAUCCUGGCAUGAGAAAGGUGGUGGAUAGCAGCGGGGUACGCCUUCACUUGACUCCGAAACUUCGUCCCCAGGAGGCGGGGAUCCUCGUCGCUGGGGUUGCCGUGAGCCCUCUUCAUCUCAUUCCUCCCAAACAAAAGGAAUACGCCACGGCGGGAUACUGCACCCCUCAUUGCACGCACACGAUGUUCCCAGAGAGUGGCGUCAACAUCGUUUCGGUGGUGCUGCACUCCCAUCUGGCCGGUCGCCGGCUAAGCCUGAAGCAUAUUCGGCAAGGCAAAGAGUUGCCGAGGAUAGUUCAGGACAAUCACUUUGAUUUCGAGUACCAGCAGUCUCACACUCUGGAGAAGGAAGUGAAGGUUCUGCCGGGCGACGAAUUGGUGGCCGAGUGCGUUUACGGAACUCUGGACAGAACGAAGCCUACCCUGGGAGGAUAUGCAGCGUCCCAGGAGAUGUGUCUGGCCUUCGUGGUGCACUAUCCGAGAACACCGCUCGCUGCCUGCUACAGCAUGACACCGUUGAAACAUCUGUUCAAAACUUUGGGGGUGUACAGCUUCAAAGGCGUCACCAUGGACCAUUUGGAGAAGCUUUUCCUAACGACCAGAACGGAUGCUGUAACCAUUCCUUCGACCGGCCAACAACAACUUCCUAUCUACCCCGCGACGAGGCCUAGCGAGGACGUCGACGAGGAGCUCAUAAGGGAGGCCAAGUCGGCGUUGAGGGCCGUGAAAGAUUACACCCUGGAACAGGAUAACGAAAAUGUUUUCUCCAGAUUGAUCAUCGAGGAGCCGGAAGAGUUCAGAGGUCGAACUUUGGCGGACCACAUGCUGGCGUUACCCUGGACGGAGGAACUUCUCGCAAGAGCUAUCGAGCAGAACCUGUAUCAUGGAAGGCACAUGACAUUUUGUAGAAAGAGGGACGAUAAGCUUGCUCUGCCGGCGGACAUACAAACGUUUCCUAAUUACACGGCAUUGCCGGAAGUAAAUGAAACGAUGUGCACGGAAAUGGCGAAACUAUCCAAUGUCGCAUCCUCGGGAAUCUGGUGCUUCGACAUCGCCACGUUCCUCGCGAUUCUAAUCGUGGCAAUCAUGCGGCGUACACGGCACGUCGCGUUACCAGUGAGGGCUUGGCACUACGUCGGCCUUCUGGUGGUCUCCCUCGCCUGCCUCACCUUGGGCCUCGUCUCCAGGGACAAGGAAGGCCGUGCAGGAAGUUUGGCGGGACCUGAAUUAAAACACCAAGCGCCUCACGAAGUGGAUGCCUGCCCCAACUUGACCCCUUUCACCAAGAUGCCUUCUUGCUCGAGCUUCGAGCAAGGCCAAACCAGGAUUUCGACGACGACCAUUGGAACUUCUGUCGCACCGAGACUGUCCCGAUCUCGUAGCUUGGAUCGCGUCUCCAGAUCUCGAGAAGAUGCUAGGAGCGUGGAGAGAUCGGAUAGACGGGGGACGAGGAUCGAGAACAAUUUCCAAGACCGCGUGAGACUCGAUCCUUCGACUCGAAACUCGAGGGUUGCGCAAGAUGUUGCCGAGAGAAGGUCGCUCGAGAGGUCCACCGAUUCGAACAGGCGACGAGAAAUAAACGGACGAGUAGAUGAUUCGCGAGAACGUCUCGCACGAUCUUUGGAACGAAGAGCUAAUCGUCGACUCGUGGAACAGAGAACGGAUCGCCGACUCGUGGAACGAAGAGCUGAUCGUCGACUUAUGGAACAAAAUGUUGAUCGUAGACUUAUGGACCAAAGAGCUGAUCGUCGAUCUAUGGAACGAAAAGCUAACCAACGUCUGAUGGAACAGAGAACUGAUCGCCGACUUAUGGAACAAAAACCUAACCAACGUCUCGUGGAACAAAGAGCUGAUCGUCGACUCGUGGAGCUAAGGACCGAUCGACGCGAGUUGAACUCAAAACGAUCUGCGAGACAAAGGCUUGACAUUGAUGGACAACGACGAAGUGGCACUACUCUUGUUGCAAGCGAUAUUCGAUCUAGCCAGAAGGAACAAAGACACGCUGAAAGAGUUUCAAUGCUUUCUCGAGAUAGAUCCCUAAACGAUGUUAAACGAGCUCGUUCCGUAGACAGAGAAUAUGUUCGCUCCACAGACAGAGAUUCUCGCUCUCGAAGACAAUCAAACUUCCGAGAUCUGUCGGAAGAUUCAACAUUUCUUCGAAGGCAUAUCCGAUCGUCAAGGGUUCAAGAACGCAAUUCCAGAAUUCCUGUUAAUACACGUUCAUUAGCAAUGCGAGAUAAAGUUUUAACCCAUAACAAUGAAUACAUACCUAGAAUGGGCGGCGCAGAAUUCCUGAAACAAGAGAGUCACGUUUCGUUCGAUAUUAUCCGUCAGGCAUUUGUAAUUGGUCUUUGUACAAUGUAUGGAUUAUCCAUUUUUUAUGGCAAACGAUCUUUCAUUCGCAACUUCGUGAGGCAGGCACCACAAUUCGUUCUAUGGUAGAAUCUCAUCCAAGAAGGAAUAACAAUUUGCUACUUCCAAGAUUUGCUUUUAAUCAUUGUCUUAGUAUAAUAUUUUUUGGCAUUGCUAUGUAUUUAAUAACAAGAAACUGUAUAUUAAUGUACAGCUGAUAAAUGUAUCCUGCAUAGAGAUAGAAAUGUGUCGCAUGUAUUUAAAAAUAUAUAUUUUGUCCGAAUAAAUUGUUCAAAUGAAAUUAAAC